AUGAAAACUGUAUUUGAAGCCUUCCCAGAAAUUGUGUUUGCUGAUGCUACUUAUAAGCUAUUAGAUAGUAGGAUACCAGUUUUUGUUCUUUUGGUAGAGGACGGGAAUGGACAAAGCGAAAUAGCUGCAAUAGGGUUACUAGUCAACGAACUGCAUGAAACAUUGAAAUGGUUUUUUCAAACAUUUCAAAAGAAUAACCCUGCUAGCAUGAAUACUAAUGUGUUCAUGACAGAUAAAGACAUGAAUGAGAGAAAAGUUAUAAAUGAUAUUUUUCCAGAUGCAAAGAUUUUAAUAUGUUUAUUUCAUGCACUGCGUACUUUCCACCGAGAAAUAACCUGUGAUAAAUUGGGGAUUACGCCUCAAGAAAGGGACCAAUCAAAGGUUUUAUUUGAAAAACUAUGCUAUUCCGAUAAUGAAGAAGAGUAUCAAAAGUUGUACGAUACUCUUAAAUCCUUUGCACCAGCACAGGUUAUGGAUUACUUUAAUAAAAAUUGGCAUCCUAUAAGAAAUGAGUGGGUGGUAGGCAUGACUUAUAACGCUGGAAAUUUUUUGAAUAGGACAAAUAACCGCCUAGAAAGUUUCAAUGGAAAAUUGAAAUCUGUCAUUGACUCAUUUUCAAACCUGCAAGAAUUUUUUGAAAAACUAUUUGUUGUCCUAAAAUGCCUCAGAAUAGAACGAGAUAGUAAAGCACUACAUAUAGUUCAAAAAUGGCCAACAACUAAGUUUUUAAAUGCUGUAGAAGAACAAUAUUUUAGACUGUUGACUCCCUACACCUUCGAUUUUUUGAAAAAACAAUUGCAACAAAAAAGUACUAUUGUUGAAAGUACAAGUACAGAUCAAUCAUGUAGCUGUGCUUUUUUUAGGUCUAUGAAACUGCCAUGUAAGCACAUUUUCAAAAAAAGAGAACAAGAAAGCUUGUCCCUCUUCGAUCCUACAAUUUGCGAUAAUAGAUGGACAAGAAAUUAUUACACAAAAUCUCAUGUUGUAUUUAAUACAUUGAGCAAUGAUCAAGUUCAAUGUUCAAGUUUGUCAAUAACACACCAACCAGAACAAAGGACAAGAUGUUUAACAUCACAUGAAAAAUUUAGAAAAGCUUCAAUGUAUUCAACUAAAAUUUCUGAAAUUUUAAGUACUGUGUCAAAUGAUCAGUUUCACAGGAAAAUUGAACAGUUGAAAUUGAUUAUUAAUUGUUGGGCAAAUAAUAAAGAGUUGUCAAUAAAAUUGUUGGAAGAUGAUAUUUGUGUACUUAAUGAUUAUAUAAUUGAAGAGGAGGUUGAUGUUGAAGAAGAGGUUGAUGUUGAAGAGGAGGUUGAUGUUGAAGAGGAGGAUACUGCCGAUAUUGCCAAUUACAAAGAAGCAUACUUGUUAAAUAUUUAA